AUGGAGAAGAACGAACUCAUUCUCGUUACCGGCGUGAACGGAUACAUCGCCAGCCAUAUCGCGAACGAGGCACUGGCGAAAGGCUUCCGCGUUCGUGGUACCGUCCGUACUCCAUCAUCCGCAGCGUGGCUUCAACAGCACUUCGACAAGACAUAUGGCGAGGGACGAUUCUCUCUCGUCCAAAUUAAAAGCUUCGAUACUGAUGGCGCUCUUGACCCAUUCCUUGAAGGCGUCUCAGCCAUCGCUCACACCGCCAACACUGGCUUGUCACCAGCACCUGAACCAUACAUCACCGAGGCAGUCAACAGCGUGGUCAAGGCGCUAGAUUCCGCGAGUCGCUUCUCAGGAAUCAAGCGAUUUGUGUAUACGUCGUCCUCCUUGGCCGCCGUCUCACCAACGCCAGAUACUGAAUUCGAAGUAUCAUCAGAGGCUUACAAUGAGGACUCUGUCAAGGUAGCCCGUGAGCCACCUUUUGAUGAGACCAAUAUUUGGAAUGUCUAUGCAGCGUCCAAGGUCUUGGCCGAGCAGGCAGCAUGGAAAUGGGUCGCCGAUAACAAGCCACACUUUGGCUUCAGUACCACACUCCCAAAUGCAAACUUUGGACCUAGUUUGUCCAAGGAGCACCAGGGUUAUCCUUCAACUGGCGGUUGGCCGAAGAUGUUCUUUGACGGCAACUUUGCUGGUAUUUCGUUUGUGCCUCCCCAGUACUUCGUCGAUGUGCGAGACGACGCAAAGAUCCACAUUGCUGCCCUGUCAGAGCCCAAUGUCCCUAAUUCACGCAUCUUCGCUUUCGCAGCACCUUACAACUGGAAUGACGUCCUCGCAAUUCUUCGACGACUCUAUCCACAGCGCAAAUUCGCCGAAGACCUUCCGAACGUGGGACGGGAUCUCAGCCGUGUGCCAAAUCAGCAUGCUGAGGAAUUGUUGAAGAGCUUCGGCCAGAAGGGCGGAUGGACGAGCCUGGAACAGAGCUUGAAGGACACUUUUGAGGGCUUGGAGUAG